AUGUUCCACCACGAUUACACUGUGUUGUCUACCGACAAGACGCCCUUGUUCUAUAUAGACAACUCAUCUUUCACCCCGAAAAAGCCGGAUCUAACGUUUCAUGCCGGCAAUGAUAAGAACGCGCCUGUUGUGGGAGUUUCAAAAUUCUUACAUUUCUCCCGACACAUGAAAUUAGGGCUGGGUGACCCACAGAAUAUCAACACCGUGGAGUGGGAGGACCUAGUCUCCCAGAAUCUCAAGCAUAACAAGUACCGCUGGCAAAUGACUGUUCGAGGCGUCUCCGGGGCAGAAAGACGGGCGUUCAUGUGGAAGAGAACGCACUCUGUUGCAGUCGAGGGCUCUUCAGCUUCUAUAUGGAGUAGCCGCAACUUCAAGCUGGUCGAUGAGCAAACCGAGCAGAUUGUUGCAAUCUUUACAAGCAGCGCCUUCAAAAGCGUCAAGAAAAGUGGCAAACUUCAAAUCAGUUCGAACUAUGGCCAGGAAUUUGACUUAAUGGUUCUCAUCACUGUACUUUCUUUGUACGAGAAACAAAGACGUCGCGAGAAUAGCAGAAAUGGUGGAGUAUGUUCCAACUGCUCCAAACGGCAGGCGGAAUGUGAAUACGACUCCGUUAAUUUCCUCCUAUGGACGAACGAGGCAUCACAUCGUUCAAUGUCGGUCAUAUCCGAGUCUAAGGGACCUCAACUGCCAGAACCGACGCAUGAAUCUGCCAAAGAUGACGCCGCUCACUCCCGCCCCAGUCUGAAUCUGAACGAUUUGGAGUUGAUGAUGCAAUGGUGCAACUCAACGUACCAGGUCUUAACCCGAAACGAAAGGACUGAUCCCGUCUGGCGUCUCCGUGUCCCCGAAGAAGCCCUGCUACACCCCCCUCUAAUGCAUGGGAUCUUGGCUCUUUCGGCAGUUCACAUCGCACGGACGAGGGACGACCAUCGUCGUCCGGAAUAUAUCAGCGCCGCUGUUGUCCACCAGAAUGAGGCGUUGGCAUCUUUCCGGGAGUUGCUCGAUGACAUCAAUGACUCGAACGCGAAAGCCAUGUUCGCCUUGUCAGGUGUAGUUGUUGUUUACGCCUUCGGGUUUCCCCAUUUGACCGACUUGGAAGACCCAUGGGCGUGCAUUGACGAGUUCAUUCAAGUUCUGGUGCUAGCGCGGGGCGUGCAGCAAGUGCUGAAUCAAGCAACGCCGUCAAUACAGUGCAGCGACUGGGCGAUCCUCCUGCGCUUGGAUGAAUACAUUGACUCUCUGCCAAAAGAUGCCAUUGCACCCCUAAAGCGGCUCCGCGAGCUAAAUGCUUAUUGCGGUGCCCGAGACCCAAUGCACGAUGUCGACAUUUACAGUAUUACUAUUGAUAACCUAACGGACAUCACGGCUGCAGCUUAUGGUGGCCUGUCUUCUAUUACUGUUGCAGCAAGAUGGGCAAUCAAACUAAAGCCCAAGUUCGUAAACCUAGUCCGAGAACGCAGCCCUCUCGCACUGGUCAUCCUAGCGCACCUAUGUGUGCUCCUUUAUCGUCUCAAGUUUGACUGGUGCAUUGACCAGUGGGUACACAGUCUACCAAAGGCAGUAUGGCGGAGUCUAGAUGACCGCUGGAAACCAUAUGCUCAGUGGCCCAUGGUAGAGAUAUUUGGACCAGGCUUCCGAUUUCACAUGGAAACAGGUUGA